ACCCACUAAAGAAAGAGCGAGCUCGCGUGUGAUGUGUUUGUGUGUAUUCUGAGUGGUUUUUAUUUUGAGUUCAAACAGAGUUUUGUCUCUGUGUAUUUGAAUGUCAAUGACGAGAUAUGAUAUGUGCUGUAAAUCAGUAGGAACUGAUCUGUGCAUGCUGGAUAUCGAUAAUUUCAUCACAGAAAUCUCUCGGUUGAAGAAAGAGGUGGCGUUACUGGAGGCAAAGCUGAGCUCAAGAGGAGAAGAAGGACUGACGAGAGAGGAUGUGGAUGUGGUUUGUUGUGAAUCUUCAGUGUAUGUGACUGAUGGAUGUCUGGAUUCAGUGUGGAUGCGCAGAGAUCAGAGCCGCACACCACAGCCACUGCUGGACUCUAAACUCUCUGAAGAGAAAUCCAGACACACACAGGACUCAGAGCUCAGUCUCACUUUACUCUGUUAUACUGAGUCAAAGCCCACAGACACUCAGGACACUACAAUGUGUGACAGUAAACAGAGCUUACAGGAGGAUCAAACCUCCACAGAGUCUCUGGAUUCUGCUGGAGAACAGCAGCAGACCACACUGAAGAUGUGUUCAGUCAAACUGAUGGACUGCAGGAACCUGAUGAUGAAGAGUAAAACAAAACCCAAGCCAGAUGAAUCUGAAGAUAAUCAUAAUGAUGAUGUGAAGAGUGAUUUAUGGUCCUCAACAUCAAAGGAGCGACCGACAGCUCUUUCCUGCAUCACCUGUGAAAAGACAUUCAGCUCACAGCGAAAUUUAAAAAGACAUGAGAGAAGAAAACACACAGAACAGAAACUCUUCAACUGCACCAGAUGUAAGAUCAGCUUUACUACCUUACAAGAGAAGAAACUUCAUCAUUCAAAAGUGCACGGAGAGAAGAAGAAGUUUGGGAAGAAUUUAUCUCACAUGAGUGGUGAAACGCCUUUCUACUGCACUUAAUGUGGCUAUUACUUCAGCACCAAACAAAGUCUUGACGUUCAUCAGAGAAUUCACACAGGAGAAAAACCACACGAGUGUCCUCACUGUGAGAUGAGAUUCAGGCAAAAAGCCGGUCUGAAGACACACAUGCGUUUACACACCAAUGAGAGACCGUACGAGUGCAGUGAAUGUGGAAAAUCCUUUAGGGAUUCAGGAACAUUAAAAUCACACCAGAAUACUCACUCAAAACAGAAACCCUAUCAAUGUUCACACUGUGAUAAACAGUUCUGUCAUAAAUCUCAUCUUGUAUGCCAUGAGAGAGUUCACACUGGAGAGAAACCUCAUCGCUGUGGUGUCUGUGGGAAGAGUUUUACCCGACAUGACAGUUUAGUGACACACCUGAGAGUUCAUACCGGAGAGAAACCUUACAAAUGCUCUCAAUGUGACAAGACGUUUGCUUGGUCAAAUUACUUAAAAAUCCAUAAGAGAGUUCAUACUGGAGAGAAACCUUACCAGUGCUCUCACUGUGAAAAGAGCUUCUCUACUUCAUCUUAUCUCAAUGUUCAUCUGAGAUUUCACACUGGAGAGAAACUUUAUCACUGUAGUGUCUGUGGGAUGAGUUUUAAACUACAUGAUCAUGUAGUGAAUCACCAGAGAGUUCAUACCGGAGAGAAACCUUUCAAGUGCUCUCAGUGUGGCAAGACGUUUACUUUUUCAAGUAACCUAAAAGUCCAUGAGAGAAUUCAUACUGGAAAGAAACCUUACCAGUGCUCUCAGUGUGACAAGACCUUUGCUUAUUCAAGUAACCUAAAAGUCCAUGAGAGAAUUCAUACUGGAAAGAAACCUUUCCACUGCUCCAUCUGUAAAGAGAGUUUCGCUUAUUAUAAAAGACUUCAGAAUCAUCAGAAGAAACAUCUUGGCUAAAAUGGUGUGGUGUGAAAUCCCAGCUUACGAAGCCAUACACUGAAAAGAACCGGAAGAACUUUACAAGUUUUUAAACACCUAUUGUGUGAUUUUUCCUCUUUUUUUACUUCAGCAUAUUAACCAAUAACAUGGCUUGGCAAACAAUAGUUUUGAAUAAUAUGUUCCUCAGUCAUUUUGAAUAAACUGUUACGUGUAAAAAUCA